AUGUCAUCGAGUAACAACAACAAUGCUACGGCACCCCCAGUGCCACGGACAUCAGUGAUUAUUCACGGAAUGAAACUUGAAGACGUCGACUUGCCUAAUGUUCAGAGACAAAUUGGUCAUCGAUAUGUGGGAAUUGUAAAUGUAAGAUUCAUGUUCAACAAGCAAAAGCAGCUCAUAAGCACGUUACUUGCCGAGUUCAAAUCAUUCAGUGUUGUGAAAGAUAUCUUGAAGCAGGGCUUUAUCAGCAUUGGCGACUAUAAAUAUCGUGUCGAAGAUCCUAAUUCCUUCGAGAAGAAUGCUCAGCCGCAGAAAAGACCAUCUCGUCCAGUUAUGACUUGUUUUAAAUGCCAACAGCCCGGUCACAAAGUGAACCAGUGUCCAGAAUGGAGAAACGAGCAGUGUGAAUACGUCGAAGAGCAGUAUUAUAGCGAAUCAAGAAAUAAUUUGCUUUUGUCAGAUUGCGUUAAACAAAAAUUCGAAUCCUACUCAACUGUUGAUGAUGUGUGGCCACCAUUGAGCACGGUUCAAAAAUCACGUAUCCCAGAUCUCGUCACUCAACCGUCGGUAGCCUACACCUCCGCUGCCACAGUACGUGUCUCAAAAACCGACCAGAUAACAACUGAUGAUGAUGCCUGGCCAUCACUGAGCACGGUUCAAAAAUCACGUGUCCCAGAACCCCUCACUCAGCCACCGGUAGUCCACACCUCCACUGCUGCAUCACGUGUCUCAAAAACCGACCAGUCAACACCCAAGUCAAUGCAGGCGAUGCCAACAGACUUGUUAAAAGACAGUGGAAAUCGAGAAGUGAACAAGUUGAACAGUUUGGAGUCGAAACUGUUGCAAAUGGAAGUAAAACUGACAGAACAAGAUCAGUAUAUUCGAGAGCUGCAGCAGGCAGUGAAUGCGACGAUCAUACCAGCUUUUGACGAGUUGAAAAUAAUCAUCAACAAGUACAAUACCAACUAUGUGCAGAUGAAACAGGAACUGUCAGAUGCCAUUAGUCGAACUACGACCGUUGGAAGUUUGAAAACAUUCAAUGAUUUUGCUUAA